AUGAAGUUCCUCGCCGCCCUCAUCCUCCUCGUCGCCUCAAUCGCCACCGCGCAGGACAAGACCUGCGAGGCCGAUUACAUAGUCACCCGCUGCCUCCAGACCGAAAACGACAAAAAUUCAUCAGCCAACCCCCUCUUCUACAAGGUCACCGCCUGCAACCAAACCGAUUUUAACUGUCUCUGCGCAUCCUACCAAGCCAUUGCCACCUGCUACAACAAUUGCCCCAACGACGCCCGCGCCCCUUCUGCUCGCGCCCAAGUUGCCGCCUACUGCCGCAACCCCCUCACCACCACCGCCGCCGCCGCUGCACCUUCAUCAUCAACUUCUUCUGCUUCUUCCUCUACAUACUCUUCAUCGGUUGGCCUCGCGACCGAUAUUGACGGACCGACGCCAACGACCAGCACGGGCUUUGUCAACGGCACGCCCACAAGCGACAGCGCGACGCACAAGAAUUGCGCCGGUGUGGUGCUCUUUGUAGCUGGUAUCGCUGGAAUUCUUGCUUUACCGUAA